CUCUCUCAUUUACAAACACAACACAACUCAACGACCAAACCAACCCAAACAAGAGGUCAAAAAAAACAACCCACACAGCCAACAACACAACUCUUUCAACUCUCUCUCUCUCUCUCUCUCCCCUCAUCCAUGGCCUCCAAGAAUAAGAAGAGCAAAGCAACUACGACCCUCUCUUCCCUCUUUACCAUGACUCAGUCUUAGCCUUCCACACUCAAAAACCCCAUUCACCAUUAACAACCCCCCCUUCUCUCUCUCUCUCUCUCUCUCUCUCUCUCCAAAUCUUCAUUCAAAGCUCUCUCUCUCUCUCUCUCCAAAUCUUCAUUCAAAACUCUCUCUCUCUCCCUGUCUCUCUGUGUGUGUGUAGAAAAUAGCAUUUUGAGAUCUGGGUUGAGCUUCAAAUGGGGAGCAAAUGGAGGAAAGCGAAGCUGGCGCUUGGGUUGAACCUCUGCGUCUCUGUUCCCAGGACCCUUGACAGCGACGAUUCGCCGCCUCCGUCGCAGAUUCUCUCUGACGUCUCUCUGCUCCCGCCGUCGGAGUCUCCGGAAAUAGCGGCGAUGCCCACAACGCCCACUCCGUCGUCCCGCGGGUUGAGGCUGUCUAGAAGUAUGAGCCGAUCGUCUAAGAAGACUUGCUCAAUAUGUUUGGCCACAAUGAAAUGCGGAGAUGGCCAUGCAAUAUUCACUGCAGAAUGUUCACAUUCCUUCCAUUUUCACUGUAUUGUUUCAAAUGUCGAGCAUGGCAACCAAAUUUGCCCCGUUUGCAGGGCAAAGUGGAAGGAAAUUCCCUUGCAGAGUUCUGGUUUUGACCCUCUACCUCGGAGGACAAGGAUCGCUCCUGUAGAUGACCCCCAAAAUAAUGCUUUGAUGACUGUAGUCCGCCGACUACCUCCCCCUCCCCCUCGUUCAAGUUCCCGUCGGCACAUCAUGCUACUAUUUCAAGCUCCUGAGCCGGCUGUCUUUGAUGAUGAUGAAUCCUUAGAUCAGCCUGAGGUUGUUGACAUAAGCCCCUCAAAUACAAACAGUGCAGAUAAUAAUUUCCACAGGACAUUAAAGAUCGACACGUUCCCUGAAGUUCCAGCAGUCCCACCGUUAAAUUCGUACGAUGACUUCACCGUUCUCAUCCAUGUCAAAGCUCCUGUUUCAGUUUCUGACCAAAAUUCCAACAGAAAUCAAGCUAACUCACCACAAAUUUCUCAAACUCCUCGUGCUCCUGUUGACCUCGUCACAGUACUUGACGUUAGCGGCAGCAUGGCGGGGACCAAGCUUGCACUGCUAAAGCGAGCCAUGGGGUUUGUGAUACAGAAUCUCGGCCCCAACGACAGGUUGUCAGUCAUUGCUUUCUCUUCAACGGCCCGUCGCGUCUUCCCCCUCCAUAGAAUGUCUAACACAGGAAAACAACAAGCAUUGCAAGCUGUUCACUCUUUAGCUGCAAAUGGUGGGACGAACAUCGCUGAAGGCUUGCGAAAGGGUGCCAAGGUAAUGGAAGACCGAAAGGACAAGAACCCGGUUUCUAGUAUAAUACUGUUGUCCGAUGGGCAGGAUACAUAUACUAUCAAUGCUUCUAGUGGCGACCAGCGACAACCAAAUUACCAGUUACUCCUUCCUUUGUCUAUUUAUGGAAAUGACAGCGGAGCAUUUAAGAUCCCAGUGCAUGCUUUUGGGAUUGGUACAGAUCAUGAUGCAUCAUCCAUGCACUCCAUUUCAGAGAUUUCAGGAGGGACCUUCUCUUUCAUUGAGACUGAAGCUGUGAUUCAGGAUGCAUUUGCACAGUGCAUUGGGGGGCUUCUGAGUGUCGUGGCAAAGGAGCUGCAAGUGUGUGUGGAGUGUCUCCACCCAACCAUCCGUAUAGGCUGUUUACAAGCAGGAAGCUACCCAAAUCGUGUGGUGGCUGAUCGACACAUGGGUUUUAUCGAUGUUGGAGAUUUGUAUGCUGACGAGGAGAGGGAUUUUCUUCUUUCAGUCAAUGUUCCAGCAGACUUUUCAAGCAACGAAACAUCGUUGUUAAAGGUGAUAUGCGUUUACUGCGAUCCCAUAUCAAAAGAAAUGAUUACUGUGGAGAGCGAAGAAGUUAGGAUUAAGAGACGUGAAUUAGGUGGACAAGAGACGGUGUCAAUAGAAGUGGACAGGCAACAGAACAGGCUCAAAGCAGCUGAAGCAAUGGCACAAGCACGGAUCGCAGCCGAGCAGGGAGACCUUGCUGGUGCGGUGUCGAUCCUUGAGAGUUUUCGUAGGGCAUUGUCAGACACUGUGUCCGCUAAAUCCGGUGACAGGCUCUGCGUUGCAUUGGAUGCUGAGCUAAAGGAGAUUCAGGAGAGGAUGGUGAGCAGACAUGUCUACGAGGCAUCUGGAAGAGCUUAUAUUCUUUCUGGACUGAGCUCACACUCAUGGCAGAGAGCAACAGCACGGGGAGACUCUACAGAGCGUUCGAGCCUUGUUCAGUCCUAUCAAACACCGUCAAUGACUGAGAUGCUUGGUCGCUCUCAGGCUACAUUGUUGGGCAGCCCAUCGGCUCAGAGGCUUCUUCGACCAGUAUUGUCGUUUGCAUCACAACCCAACCCAAGGUAAUGUUUUUGUGGUUGCUAUGGAGAGAGAUCUUCAAGACACAGUAAUGCCUCUCUAUUUUUUCAGAUUUUUGUUUUUGUUUUUGGGUGGGGAUAAAUGGGAAAAGAUAAGAAGAGCAUUUUUCAAUGUGAAUAUUGUUCCUGUCUUAUAUAUGUAAAGGAAUAAACUUGGUGCAGUGUGGAAGGGGAGAAGAGAAACACUGGGCAGGGCUUAAAACUUCUUGUUUUGGUUUUUUGACUUUUAUUCUUAUUGUUGGGGGUGAUGUGCAUAAGAAGAAAUGGUUUAGUCUUAAAGAGAAGUGGAUAUAAAGUUUGUAAUUGUGGGGAUAGUUUGGGUGAACUCUUCUUCUAAUAUAUAAGAUACCUGCAAUUUGAUUCUUUAA